CGCCCAGUCCGCGCAGGCACACCUUCCCCUCCCAGCGGGCGAGACCCCCGCCUCCUCAGCAGCGAUCCUCCCUUAACCUAGUAUUCUGUUUCCGGGCGGGUGGAGUCAAAUUCGUGGGAUGCCAGCGCCCUGGAUUCGCCUCCCUUUUACCCGUCCCCACCUCGGAGUCUGGGGUGAAGUAAGGAGCCUGAGUGCGACAGGCAGAGCCAGACCCCAGAGCCAGGAGGAGUGAGAACUCUGACCCUUAACCCCACUGCAUCCAUCCAAUAGGAGCCCAGCCACCAUGGCGGAGCUGCAGGAGGUGCAGAUCACGGAGGAGAAGCCGCUGUUGCCGGGGCAGACACCUGAGGUGGCCAAGACUCACUCUGUGGAGACACCUUAUGGCUCCGUCACUUUUACUGUCUAUGGCACACCCAAACCCAAACGCCCAGCGAUACUCACCUACCACGAUGUGGGACUCAACUAUAAAUCCUGCUUCCAGCCGCUGUUUCAAUUUGCGGAUAUGCAGGAAAUCAUUCAGAACUUCAUGCGGGUUCAUGUGGACGCCCCUGGAAUGGAAGAGGGGGCUCCUGUGUUCCCUUUGGGAUAUCAGUACCCAUCUCUGGACCAGCUUGCGGACAUGAUCCCUUGCAUCCUGCAGUACUUAAAUUUCUCCACAAUAAUUGGAGUCGGUGUUGGAGCUGGGGCCUACGUCCUGUCCCGAUAUGCUCUUACCCACCCAGAUACUGUCGAGGGUCUUGUCCUCAUCAACAUCGAUCCCAAUGCCAAGGGCUGGAUGGAUUGGGCAGCCCACAAGCUAACAGGCCUCACCUCUUCCAUUCCGGAGAUGAUCCUUGGACAUCUUUUCAGCCAGGAAGAGCUGUCUGGAAAUUCUGAGUUGAUACAAAAGUAUAGAAAUAUCAUUACACAUGCCCCCAACCUGGAGAACGUUGAACUGUAUUGGAACAGCUACAACAAUCGCCGAGACCUGAACUUUGAGCGUGGAAGCGAUAUCACCCUCAAGUGCCCUGUGAUGCUGGUGGUAGGAGACCAAGCACCCCAUGAAGAUGCAGUGGUGGAAUGUAACUCAAAACUGGACCCCACCCAGACUUCUUUCCUCAAGAUGGCUGACUCCGGAGGUCAGCCCCAGCUGACUCAGCCAGGCAAGCUGACCGAGGCCUUCAAGUACUUCCUGCAAGGCAUGGGCUAUAUGGCCUCGUCCUGCAUGACUCGCCUGUCCCGGUCUCGCACAGCCUCCCUGACCAGUGCUGCAUCCCUGGAUGGCAACCGAUCCCGCUCUCGCACCCUGUCCCAGAGCAGCGAGUCUGGGCCUCUCCCUUCAGGGCCCCCAGGGCACACCAUGGAGGUCUCCUGUUGAAUGACCCUUGUUGCCCUGAUGUGGGACCCAGCCCUCAUCUCCCCCAGCACUAACCUGGGAGGUGCGUAGGGCACUGGGCCAGAGUGAGCGAGGGAAGCGGGGCAGAUUGUGUGAGGAGAGGAACUUGAUCUUUGAUUGCUACCCUAACCUUGACCUCUAACCUGUGAUUCCCCUCAGCUCCUGAGAGAGAUGUCCUAAUAUCUCUUAGGGACCCAGACCCCUAAAUGACCCCCCUCCAUCAUGGUGUUAAGGCAGAGAAGGCACGUAUCCCCUCUUCCCACUCUGGGUGUCUGUAGCUAAGGGAUAAGAGGUGGUUGUUGUUGUCCGUGGCGCCUCCUCCAGACUCCGCCUCCUUAUGCCAUAUUGCAGGAGUCGGGGGCUCGGGGCUGGGGCACCACUCACCAAACCUGAUAUGGCUUCUCGUGAACCCUUCAGACUGCUGAAGGGUAUGGGCCUCAAUGAAUGUGGGUCAGGAGAACUGCUUGUGGGUUAGUGGUCCUCAGGAUGUGACAGAAACAUUCAGUGUGGAAAUGGAAGCUGGAAUGGGAAGUGGUGGACAGUGAACAAGUGUGACAAAAGGAUUGGAGCUGGGCAAUAGGAAGGGGGCUGGGGCCAUUGGCUGCUCUAACUUUGGUAGCUGUCUAGACAGUGUGUGUCUAGAGUGGGAGUGGGGGAGGGAGCCAAGCUGGGCAGGGUUGCUUGGGGCUUGGCAUCGCGGUGGGAAGGGCUGCCUCGGGGUUCUGACCACAGUGCGUUAUGUGUGGGGGUCGCCCUCCUGUCUCCCACAACUUCUGCUGUAACAAUAAACUGUAGAGGAAUCCAAGUUCCAUUAUUCUUC